AUGUUUGGCUCUGUAGACCAAAAUCCCGACACGUCACCGGUUGUAACCGAGGUACUGGGAAAAGCAUCUGACGUGCCUCCAGGAACGAAAAAGGAGUUCAGGGUCAGACAGAAGCCAAUAUUGGUUAUCAACGACAACGGGAAAUUCUAUGCCACGUCUGGUCUUUGUGCUCACUACGAAUAUCCGCUAGAAAAAGGUAUCUAUUCACAUGGUAAAAUUCGAUGUGUACUUCAUGGAUCAUGUUACAAUGUUAAAACCGGUGACAUAGAGGAUUAUCCAAGUUUCGACAGCCUGCACACUUACGAGGUGAAAGAGGACGGGGAAGGGGAUCUCGUUCUGACUACGACUGAAAAACAACUGGAAUCGGAAAGAAGGACUCGAAUGUGCGGCAUCAAAACGCUAUCCAACGAAACUCCUAUUAUAGUAGUUGGUGGAGGUGUCAGCGCGUCUUCGUUCGUAGAACACGCUCGACUUAAUGGUUGUUCCGCGCCAAUCACAAUGAUCACUGCAGAUGAAAACCCACCAUACGAUCGUGUGAAGCUUAGCAAGAAGCCACAAGUUGAAGCGAAAGAUGUACGAUUCCGAAGUGAUGACUACUACAAGGAGAACCACAUUGAUAUCUUGACGAACACUAAGGUGAAAGAGGACGGGGACGGGGAUCUCGUUCUGACUACGACUGAAAAACAACUGGAAUCGGAAAGAAGGACUCGAAUGUGCGGCAUCAAAACGCUAUCCAACGAAACUCCUAUUAUAGUAGUUGGUGGA